AUGCAAGAAGAGAUAUUUGUUGGUAUUGACUUAGGAACAACAUUUUGUUGUUGUCAUUUCUUUAAUACUCAGACAAACAAAUAUGAAUGUAUCUACUACUUAAAUGGAAAUUCAACAAUUCCGUCAACUGUUGAUUUUUUCACUCAACCUGUUAGUGUUGGAAUUCCAAAGCCUACUGCCAUUUGUGAAGUAAAAAGGUUUAUUGGAAAGAAAUUUGAUGAUGAACAAGUGCAAGAAGAUAUUAAUAAAAACUAUUUCCCAUAUCAAAUCGUUAAAGGGGAUGAUGGGUAUUGUCAGAUUGUGGUUGACUAUCCUGAUAAAGAAGAAGAAGAAGAACAAGUUGAGCCAGAGGUUGUUUCGGCGAUUGUUUUAAAAGCAAUUGAAAUUGAAAUUCAACGAAGAUUAAAUAUUAAAGACAAUAUAAGUUUAAGAGCUGUUGUUACAGUUCCAGCAUACUUUGACAAUUCACAAAAAGAUCGAACCAAAAAAGCAGUAUUAAUGGCAGGGUUUAGUUUAAUUCGAUUGUUGGCAGAGCCAUCAGCAGCUGCAUAUGCAUAUGGAUUAGAAAGUACAAAAGAUCAAAUGUAUCUUGUAUUUGAUCUUGGAGGAGGAACACUUGAUGUUACUAUAUUAGAAAAGAAAGGAGAAGAAUUUAAGUUUAGAGCUAUUGGUGGUGAUGUUCAUUUAGGAGGAUUAGAUUUUGAUAUGAAUUUAAUGGAAUUUGUUAUAAGUAAAAUGAAAGAAAUUGAUGAGACAAAAGCACAAAGAUUUAUUUUGAAAGGAAGUGACAGUCAUUCACAAAAGAAAAUGAAGAAACAACGAAGAUAUCUAUUAAGAAAAGAGGUUGAAAAAGCAAAGAUUGAAUUAUCAUCCAAUUCAUAUUGUGAAAUAGACUUAUCUGAAUUAGUUGAUGAAGAUGAAUUUAUUAUUUCUAUUGAUAGAAGUGAGUUUGAAGAAUGUAAUAAAAAAGAAUUUGAUAGAUGUAUGGAAUGCAUAGAUGAGAUAAUGCAAAAGAAAGGAAUUAAAACAACACAGAUUGAUGAAGUUAUGCUUGUUGGAGGAUGUUCACAAAUUCCUAAAAUCAAAGAGUUAUUAAACAAGAAGUUUAAAUCGUCACAUAUCAAUGAUAAUAUAGAUUGUAACUUAGUUGUAUCACAAGGAGCAGCACGAUAUGCAUUUGAGCAUUCGAAAGGAAUGAUUAAAAGUAUUACAGAAGUUACAGCACAUCCCAUCAAGAUGGCAGGAGUUGAUGGGAAUUUCACUAUUAUUGAAGAUGGCACAGAAAUUCCAUAUGAACAUGAAAUAUAUGUUGAGGUUACAGGACGGGAAGUACAAAUAGAACUAUUUGAAGGAGAUAAAUCAUUAGGACGAUAUGUUAUUAGUAAUAUUCCAAAAGAAGAAAGAUAUGUUAUGUUUGUAGUACAAGUUGAAGAAGAUGGCACAAUUACUGUUGGUGGAAGACUUUCAAAUGGAAACAAGUGUGAAUGCAAAGCACAAAUCGAGAAGAAAUCCAAUGACAAAGAAGAGAUUCAAAUUCAGAAAGAGAAGAUAGAGAAAUUCUUUGCACAAAAAUAA